GAACCCUCCCCCAUUUCCUUCCUUCUCCUCCCCCGACUAAACCCCCAAGGCCUCGCCAGUCGCCGCCGGCCGCCGCAACCAGUCGCCUCCCGCGAUGGCUCACCUCCGGCUCCUCCUCUCCCACUCGCGGCGCCAUCCGCAGCCCCACCGCCUGCUCUCCCUUCUCCACUUCUCCUCCGAUGCCAGCUCCGGCUCCGCCCCGCGGCCGCCGCCCAUCAAGCCCGUCUCCUACGCCCCGAAGCCGCAGCAGGAGGCCCCGCCCGAGGAGCCCGCCGCCCCGCCGCCGGCCCCGGAAGCUGACCGGGGCCCCCAGUCCCCGCUGCCGCGGCGGCCGCAGCAGCAGAUGCCGCCGCGGGAGUGGACGAGGCAGGAUAUGCGGUUCGUGAAGGACGCGGCGCCGGUGAUCUCGCCCGUGUCGUACCCUUCCAAGGUCGCACCGCUGCCAGAGGACCGCCCGGCCGGCGGGCAGGCGGAUGGGGCGCCGGAUGAGGGGCUGCGGGGGGAGGGGGAGCGGAUCCAGAUGGACGCGGCGCGGGCCACGAGGAGCAUCUUCGGCGUGCAGGUCGAGGAGGAACAGGUGCCGUACCCGACGAUCAUACCCGUCGUCAAGCGGCCGCAGAAGGUCGCCAUUGAUCUCGUUGAUGCCAUCCGCCAACUCAAGGCAAGUACAAAUGAGAAGAAGCGGAAUUUUGUUGAAACGGUUGAAGCUCAUGUGACAUUAGGUGUUGAUCCACGUCGCGGUGACCAGAUGGUUCGUGGUGCCUUAACAUUACCUCAUGGCACUGGCAAGACUGUUAGGGUAGCGGUAUUUGCUGAAGGUCCUGCAGCCGAAGAAGCUAGAGCUGCUGGAGCAGAUGUUGUAGGUGGUGAUGAGUUGAUCGAGGAGAUCCGCAAAGGAGGAGGCAAACUAAGCUUUGACAAGUGCAUAGCAACCCCGAUGUUCAUGCCCCGUCUUUCAAAGGUUGCUAGGAUAUUGGGUCCACGUGGUUUGAUGCCUAAUCCUAAGCUAGGGUCUGUGACAAAUGAUGUUUCUGGUGCUGUCAAAGCGGCAAAAUCAGGCCGUGUUGAUUUCAAAAUAGAUAAAACUGCUAUAGUGCAUGUUGGCCUUGGAAAGGUGAACUUUUCUGAGGAGAGUUUACGUGAAAAUAUUGGUGCUUUUGUGCAUGCACUUUUACUUGCUAAGCCAGUGGGUUUAAAGAAAACUUCAAAAUAUGUAGGAUAUGUGAAGAAGUUCACACUGAGUAGCACAAUGGGACCUGGAUUUCCUAUUACCAUACCAUCAUUAUCUGUUGCUGCUGAUCAUUAUAACAAGGUGCAAGUCAGCUAAGACAAUACAAUAAAAAGGUGAAUGGAACUUUCUUUCUCCGCUAACCGUGGCUUGCAGAUGGUAGCCUGUUUGGCAGUGGAGCAUAACUGAUAACCAGGUUGAGAACAUUUGGAUGAUUGGCUGUUUUGCUACUGGGAAUGAUAAUUUUGUGGACGAGAACAUUCGGCAAACAUUAUCUCGUUAGAUCUCCUGGCAUUUCACAGGGGAUGUUUAGUUUGUCCUUGGGUCACUGCAUUUUUGUGAUUGGUGUUGCUGGUCCACUUUUGUCAUCCAAGGUUUUCGCAUUUUGUAUGAAAUGUAACCACGAAUUUCUUACUAGAAAGACUGUAGUUUUAGGGCAUCUCUUAUUUUUUAUAAUAAUAAAUGAAGUAUUGAACCAUGCUUCUGAAUACU